CUAACAAAAUAAAAAGCUAUCCAAAAGAACAAAGCAUAACCCUUUUAUUUUAUUUUAUUUUGUCAUUAAUCAAUUCUCUGAGAAAAACAAAAAAAAACUAGAAGAAAUGGCAGAUGAUGAAGUGAAGUUGCAUGGAGUUGGUGGAAGUCCAUUUGUUGCUAGAGUGAAAAUUGCAUUGAAAUUGAAAGGAAUCGAAUAUGAAAACAUUGAAGAGGUGCUUAGCAACAAGAGCGCUGACCUUCUCAAGUAUAACCCAGUCCAUAAAAAAGUGCCAGUCUUGGUACAUAAUGGAAAACCGGUAUGUGAGUCUCUUGUGAUUGUUGAAUAUAUUGAUGAAGUUUGGAAAGGUACUGUUCCCAUUUUGCCACAAGAUCCUUACCAGAAAGCACUUGCCAGAUUUUGGGCCAAGUUCAUCGAUGACAAGUGUAUGCCUGCAGUUUUCAAGGUUUUCAGCAGCAUUGGGGAUGAGCAAGUUCUCGCGGAAGCUUAUGAGCAGCUCGGAAUAUUAGAAAAGGAACUUGAAGGCAAGAAGUUUUUUGGAGGUGAAAGCAUCAACCUGGUUGAUAUUGCUGGUUGUUUCAUAAGCUAUUGGCUUGGAGUAGUUGAGGAAGCAGCCGGUCUUAAGGUUGUCACCAAAGACAAGUUCCCAAAACUAACCCAAUGGGCUGAUAACUUUGUCAACUAUCCUGUCGUCAAGGAAAUCUUACCUCCAAGAGAAAAUCUCCUUUCAUUUUUCAGGAAGCGAUUUGGUAAGGAGUGAUAAUAGUUCAUGAAUUGAAGGUCAUAAACAUAUGCGAGCUUGUUAGAUCGAGCUAUGGUUUUCAUGUAUAACAUCCAUUGAUGUUGCAAUAA